AUAGUACCUCAAAGUAGAAGAAAAAUGUAUGGAAGUGCAAGAACAAUCAGUAACUUGGAAGGCAGUCCCUCCAGGUCUCCUCGUCUGCCAAGAUCUCCUCGUUUGGGCCAUAGACGGACAAACAGUGGGGGAGGAGGAGGAACAGGUAAGACACUAUCAAUGGAGAACAUACAGUCCCUUAAUGCAGCCUAUGCAACAUCUGGACCGAUGUAUCUGAGUGAUCAUGAAGGUGUAGCUUCUACUACUUUCCCAAAGGGCACAAUGACUCUUGGAAGGGCUACCAAUCGAGCUGUGUAUGGUGGUCGUGUCACAGCUAUGGGGAGCAGUCCUAAUAUUGCUUCAGCUGGUCUUUCCCACACAGAUGUACUUUCUUAUACUGAUCAGCAUGGAGGUCUGACUACAUCUUCACAUCAUCACCAUCAUCAGGUUCCUUCUAUGCUGAGACAGGUUAGGGACAGUACGAUGCUAGAUCUACAGGCUCAACUUAAGGAACUACAAAGGGAGAAUGAUCUUCUCAGAAAAGAACUGGACAUCAAGGACAGCAAGCUGGGAUCUUCCAUGAACAGCAUCAAAACUUUCUGGAGUCCUGAGCUAAAAAAGGAAAGAGUUUUGAGGAAAGAAGAAGCAGCGAGAAUGUCAGUUCUUAAAGAGCAGAUGAGGGUUUCCCAUGAAGAAAAUCAGCACCUGCAAAUGACAAUCCAGGCACUUCAAGAUGAGCUUCGAACCCAGAGAGACCUUAAUCAUCUUCUUCAACAAGAAAGUGGAAACCGUGGUGCUGAGCAUUUUACUAUUGAGCUUACAGAGGAAAAUUUCCGAAGACUUCAAGCAGAACAUGACAGACAGGCUAAAGAGCUCUUUCUUUUGAGAAAAACUCUAGAAGAAAUGGAAUUGAGAAUUGAAACACAAAAGCAGACACUAAAUGCCAGAGAUGAGUCAAUAAAAAAGCUCCUAGAAAUGUUGCAAAGCAAAGGUUUGCCAUCCAAAGGAAUGGAAGACGACAACGAAAGAACUCGAAGGAUGGCAGAGGCUGAAUCUCAGGUUAAUCAUUUAGAAGUGAUUUUAGACCAGAAAGAGAAGGAAAACAUACAUCUUCGAGAGGAACUACACAGAAGAACCCAACUUCAGCCUGAACCAGCAAAGACAAAGGCUCUUCAGACAGUUAUAGAGAUGAAGGACACAAAAAUAGCUUCACUUGAGCGCAAUAUAAGGGAUCUCGAAGAUGAAAUACAGAUGUUAAAGACAAAUGGAGUUCUGAACACAGAGGACCGUGAGGAAGAGAUCAAACAAAUAGAGGUUUACAAGAGUCACUCGAAGUUCAUGAAAAAUAAGAUUGACCAACUGAAACAGGAACUUUCAAAGAAAGAAUCAGAACUUCUUGCCUUACAAACUAAGCUUGAAACCCUUAGCAAUCAGAAUUCAGAUUGCAAGCAACACAUUGAAGUGCUUAAAGAGUCGCUUACUGCCAAAGAACAGAGAGCUGCCAUACUUCAGACAGAGGUUGAUGCCUUGAGAUUACGACUGGAGGAAAAAGAAACUUUUCUUAAUAAAAAAACAAAGCAACUGCAAGACCUCACAGAAGAGAAGGGAACCCUGGCUGGAGAGAUUCGAGAUAUGAAAGACAUGUUAGAAGUAAAGGAAAGAAAAAUCAAUGUCCUUCAGAAAAAGAUUGAAAAUCUACAGGAACAACUUAGGGAUAAAGACAAACAACUAACCAAUCUAAAAGACAGAGUGAAAUCAUUGCAGACAGAUUCCAGUAACACAGACACAGCGCUAGCAACAUUAGAAGAAGCUCUGUCAGAGAAGGAGAGAAUAAUAGAACGUUUGAAGGAGCAGAGGGAGCGAGAUGACCGAGAAAGACUUGAAGAAAUUGAAUCCUUUAAAAAGGAAAACAAAGACCUAAAGGAAAAAGUUAAUGCUUUACAAGCAGAACUGACCGAAAAAGAGUCUAGUUUAAUUGACCUCAAAGAACAUGCAUCUUCAUUGGCAUCAGCAGGGCUGAAAAGAGACUCCAAAUUAAAGUCCUUAGAAAUAGCCAUAGAACAAAAGAAAGAAGAGUGUAGUAAGUUGGAAGCACAGCUGAAAAAGCAAGCUGAACAGUUGUUCAAUCAGAUGUACAAUCCAAUGCCAAUUAGGAAUAAUGGGAAGCAAGGGGCUCAUGAAGCUGAAGAAGAAGCCCGUAUGAACCCGGAAUUUGCAGACCGAAUGAAACAGCUUGACAAAGAGGCAUCAUACUACCGAGAAGAAUGUGGCAAAGCUCAGGCCGAGGUUGACAGACUGCUAGAAAUCCUCAAGGAAGUGGAGAAUGAGAAGAACGACAAAGAUAAGAAAAUUGCAGAGCUAGAAAGGAGUGAAGAAGACUUGAUGAAUGUAAAUUUCAGCAUUGUGAGGCAAAAUGUAUUGAUUCUUGGUGGAAGUUCAUUGAGUGGUUUGUCUCCUAACAGAGACAUAAGAGGCUUGUGA